UCUGACAAAAUAAAUAGCAAAAUAAGUUAUAAAGGAUAAUUAUUCUUACUGAAUUAAAUAUGAAAGAAAUGUAUGUAUUGACAAAUUCAAGUUACUCACCAAGGAGACAGUAGAAUCAAAUUACUUUCAUCAGUGUGAACAGUUUGAUAAUGAUAAAAUUCAAAGCAACAAUUAACAAAUGAAUUUAUUAUGGAUGAUACUGACUCUGGUUAAUUUGUAUGUAACUUUCAUUAAUUGCAACUGUCCAGUUAACUGUGUUUGUCCAUUUAAUGAUCUGAUCAAAUCAGUAACUUGUACUCAUUCAAUUCCAAAGAAAUUACCAUUCAAUACAACUGAGCUUCUUGUAACACGAGGAAGAAAAUUAAUACUUCAAAGUGAAGAUACCAGAAAAUUAGGCCAAUUAGAAAAAUUUCAACUAAUACAUUUAUUUAUAGAAAAUAUUACUGAUGGAACUUUUCAAGUAAAUAAUUUUUUACAUCUGUCAACACUACGUCUAAGUUACAAUAAUAUACGGCAAAUAACUUCAAAAACAUUUGAAGGAUUGGAAAAUUUAAAAGAACUUUAUUUAGACAAUAAUAAUAUGAGAUUUAUUACAAUAGAUGCAUUUAUUACUUUAAGAAGUUUAAAAAUCCUUCAUUUACAAAGAAAUUAUUUAGAAGAAAUUCCUAAACCACUUCCGAAUAAGCUAGAAACAUUAGAAUUAAAUGAUAACAAUAUUGAAUCAAUUACAUUGUUAAAUGAAAAUUUAUCAUUUCUUAAAGAACUAAAUUUGUGUGGAAAUAAAUAUAAAAGCAUUUUAAAUAAAGAUAUUGAUAAAUUGUACAAUCUCCAAACAGUUUGCCUAGGUGAUGAAGUUAGCAAUGUAUAUCCUCAAGUUUUUGCUUUGAUGCCUCAACUGAAAGCAUUAAAAAUAACUGGCAAGAAAAAUCCAACACCUCAAACAUUCCAAGGAUUUCCAUUUUUGACACAGUUAGAAACAUUAUCCAUUAACUAUUUACCAAUAACAAUAUUUGAUGUGAAUUUUGGAGCAUGGAAAAAUUUGAAAUAUUUUUAUUUUAAUAAUAUCAAGACUUUAGUUUAUAUCAAUAAAAAUGUGUUUGAAUCUUUUGCUAAAAAUAUUGAACUUGCUGAUUUAUCUGGAAGUACAAUGUUUGUUAAUAGUUUAUUCUCUAAAGAUCUUCUAAAGUAUUUAAUAAAUGUCAAAACAUUAAACUUAGCAAACACAGGUAUUACAACCAUACCUGAUCUUAAAAUGAAAUGGUUACCAAAUCUUCAACAGCUAGAUAUUAGCAAUAAUCCAUUAAUGUGUGAUUGUAAUGUUCAAUGGCUAGCAGAUGCAAAGAAACAAUAUAAUUUGGAAAUUGAUUAUUAUAGUGAAACAAAGUGUGCCAAACCAAAUAGCCUUUCUGGCAAAAUAUUUUUUGAUAAGGAGGUGCAACAGACAAUAUGUGUGGUAGAUGAUAAAAAAAAUGAAACUAAUGAAGAAACAUAUAUAUCGGAUAAACUAAAAACAGAAAAAUCACAUCAAGAAACAAAAAUAAAUGUUUUAGUUUCUUUUGUUAUACUUUUAGCUAUUUUAGUAAUUGUACUAAUAGUUAUAGUAAUUAUAUUAUUAAUUAAAUAUAAGCAUCCAAAUAAUCAUUUCCUCUCUGAGAGAAAAUAAAAUUGUAAAUUAAUUUUAUAAAUUUAGUAAAAGGCUGCUUAUUAUGACUUAACUAAUUUAUCAUUACUUUUUUCAUUAUAAUAUAACCAAAUAUUUAAAAUAUUGAGAAUGUUGAUAAAGUUACAAAUUUUAUUUUGAAAUAUAGCUUAAUGAGCAGAAAAGGCAUUCAAAAUGUAUGAUAAAAACAAUUUUUCCUAUGAAUAUUUAU